UCCAGUUUCUCGCGGUCUCAUCGACUCCUCGCUUCCUUCUUCUCUUCGAACUCUCUACUGUUCCUUCCUCUCUUCUCUUGCUCACUGAAAAUUAGGGUUUAGGGUUUUUGAUUUUCGUUGUCUAUUAGGAUCUUCUCCCCCCACCCUACUCCGUUUCAUGGCGUUGAAUUUUCCAUUUAUGUGAGAUUUUGAUCCACAAUCGGAGUAGUUCUUCCGGCUAUGGCGGCGGCUAAUGCUCCACCUGAACUGGCUUCAGGAAACCCUUGCUGCCUCGCGUGGCAAGGGAAGUACAUGGGAAUGAGGAAGAGGCGGGAUGCUUUUAAAGAAGCGGUAACUCUUCUCCAGAAGGCCAUAGCAGAUGCUAAUGCUGAAAAAUCUAAGCUCGAGAAAAAACUUGGAGAGAUGGCGGCUGACAGAGACACUAAGGAAAAUGAUUCAACGGUAAGAGCAGCACUGGAGAAAGAAAUUUCUGGUUUGAAGUCUGAGAUAUUGUCUUUGCAACAAAAACUGGAGCAGAACCUUAAAGAAACAAAGCUUCUUCAGCAUCAAGCUUCCAGUCGAGGAAAGGAGAUCAAUGAACUGAAGGAACUCCUUAAGAAAGAAACAUUAAGGGCAGAUAAUUCUGAAGAAGAGCGGGAACACGCUUUUAAGGAACUGAACAAGGCAAAGGCUCUGGUAGUAAAAGAUGAGGAGACCAAGCCACUUGUUCCUGAAGUAAAAAAAGAAAUUAGUCUGGUUAAAAAUCUUCUUGCAAGCGAGAGGCAGAAGACAGAGUCAGAAAGGAAGAAAGCAGAAUCAGAGAAAAAGAAAGCUGAUCAGUAUCUUUCUGAGUUGGAGAUGUUAAGAACUACAGCUCAUAAGACUUCUGAUUUACUUACUUUGACCUCCAAUCUGGAGACUGUAAAAAAGCAACUUGAGUUUGAAAAACAAAAGGCACUGAAAGAGAAAAAACGUGCAGAUAUGGAGAGUGCAAAAGCUAGGGAACAGAUGAAGCUUGCGGAAGGUUUUUCUAAAAAAUUUGAAACUGUUAGAGCAAGAAAUGAAGAGCUUACGAAAGAAAUGGAAUCGGAAAGCGCUAGUAGCAAAGUAAAGUUAGCUGAAAACUCGGUAAAACUGGAAGAGAAGAUAAGGCUCCUUGAGAUGCAUAAGAAAUCAGCCUUGGACUGGAAAUCUCGUGUUGAUGAUCUGACUCAGCAGUUACAAGAAACACGAUUAGUGACUGAAGGUUUAAAGAAGCAAGUGCAGGAGCUAUCACCUUCCCAGGAAUCCAUCAAGACUCACUCUAUUUCCCCUCAGAAAGUCAGAGAUCUGGAAAAGGCUAAACGCAAGCUUUUGAAGAAACAGCUGAAGUUUGAGAGAAAUUGUGCAAAACACUCCAAUAAAGUGGCUAAAUUUGAAAAAUUUCAAAGGGAAUUUCAGGCCAAAGAGCUAGGUCAGUUAAAACUGGAGUUUGGUAGUCUUGCAAAUCGCAUGAACCUACUGGAUGAGUAUUUUUCAACAGACGUUGAAGGUACAGCUGGCCUUAAAAAGGCUUCAGGAAGCAGGGAACUGGUGAAGCUACAAUCACAGAAGAACUGUAAUGGUGAAAAGCAUUGUGACGGACGACGCAAUUUGGUUGCCACCUCUGGUUUUCUGGAGCAGGCUCGCAAGUUUUCUGCUCACUUAACUGCUAAAUCUGGACGAGGCGUGAGUGAGUCUGUCUCAGGUACUAUUUCUCAAUUAGAGUCUCCGACUGGAGGCUCUAGAAAAUUACAGAGUUCUGGAGUAAUUUCCAGCGCAACAUCUUUUUCUGAUGGGCAGUUACUGGCCUCACAGGGAAAAGAGCAGUUCUCUCUUACAACUUCAGCAGAAAUAGCAAAAGAUAAACCGAAUGUCCAACCAACAAAAUCAAUUAUGUUCCAGAAAAUCUCCGACACAACUAAAAAUGGGAAUCUCUGUUUGGUGGCUGAAAAAUAUCGUCAAAGAUGUCGGACAGAUAGUGAUGAGGUAGUUGAUGAGAACUCCCGGAAAAGAAAAAGAUUGUUAGAGGCAGUUGUGUCUCGUAAGCAUCUCUCAUCUGAUGAUAAAAAGAAAAAUUCGCAGAUUGGAGAGAAGAUGGGCACAGUGCAGUCCAUGGUUGCUGGAACCGGGUAUAGGCCUCUAGGAAAAGAAGGAACCUUGGUCCCUGAUAGGCAAGGUGGCUCCUCCGCAGAUGGCAUUACAGUUUCCAAGAAAAGAAGGGUUUCUUCUAAGAAGAAGACUAAUUUUUUUGAGUUUAACCAGUCAGACAAGAUUCCAGGUAAUAAUGCUGGAAAAACUAUGUGCCUCUCUACUGCUAAAGGACAUGAGGCGACAACAUUAUUUCCGGAGGACGUUGCUGUUACAGAUUAUAUGAAGUUGCUAGAGUUGGAUAAUUUGGAAGAAGAGAGUUAUUACCAGAUGGCCAGAGAAUCGCUUCUUUCUCCUGAUCUUCCUCAGGUAGAUUUUUUGGGUGGCGAGAUCGUGAAUGAGGACAAAAAUCCUGCCAGGGCUCUUGACUUGACUGCCAGUAAUAACAUGGGUUUACGUGAGACCAUAAUUUCUAGUGAAACUCCCAGUCUCAACACUCCGAAUGAUUUAGUGACAGUCACAAUGCCACCCAUGUUGACAACUUUGCAUAGUCAUAUUCUUCAACACGUUGUUGUGUUUUCAAAUAUUGAAGACCGGAACAGUAUCAUCAAAAUAUUCCAUGCUGCAAAAAAUUGUGCUCACCAAUGUCCGGCAGUUACUACAACACAGUGGGCAGUGCCAGCAAUUCUAUCCUCUUUAAAAAUGGAAGAAAACCUUUUGGCCCAGGAAAGGGUUUGUGUGUUCCUCUCGUUGCUACUCCAUAACUUCUCUGUGGUUUCCUCAAUGAAAAUGGGGAACACUUUGAAUGUUGAUUCUUUCUCCUGCAUGGAUUCUUUUUCAAAACAUAUACAUGGUGUUAUGGCUGAUAUUGAAGCUGGAAUUAUGCUGUCUGAAUUUUCGGAAGAACUCCUUGCUCUCCUUCAGGACCUCCUUUCCGAGCAGAGGGUACUAUCUUCUGUUAAAUCAUCAGAAACAUCUGAUUCUGAUCUAAGCAUUCCUGUCACCUUCAAUGGAGAAUAUAUGGCUCUCGUCAGCAAAAUCGCUCCAAAUGAGCAUUUGGUGGCUGGAAGUACUGUUUUGGCGGCAAUAUGUACUGCACUGGAUCGUACUGGAUGUAUCUGGGAAGCUUCCUUUGAAAUCUUGCACAAGCACAGUCGUGAGAACUCCUCAGUGCUACUGACCAUUCUUCACGUUUUUGCUUACAUUGCUGGAGAUAAAAUGGUGUCCUCUACUGAGUAUGACCUAUCAAUUGAAGUGUUGAAAUCCAUUGUCAUGUUUCUAGAGAACAGACAGAUUGGUACUGUGGAUGCAAAUGCUAAGUUGCACUCAGGCAAGAACAAGUGUCUAUUCUCAGACAGGUCUUCCUCGUUGGAGGCUAUGGCAUAUAAGCUCAUGGAAAUUCUUCAGGAGUUUGCGCAGUCUAAUACGUUGCAUCAAAGCUUGAAGGAAUUUAGCCCAGCACACAAAGACUUCCAGUGCGUAUUGACCAGGGAUCAAAGUAUUAAUCUCUGUGACAUUCUGUCAUUGGUGGAGCUUAUUGCUUGUUACACGGCAUGGGACUGGACUAGGGCGAACAUUGUUGCUCCACUGCUUAAGAUGCUUGGAAUGCCAUUGCCAAUGAACCUCUCUGUUGCAAUCGUCUCUCUUCUCGGGCAACUUAGCAGUAUUGGAGUGGAUGCUGGUGGCUAUGAAAAUGAAGGAAUCUCAAACUUGAGAGUGAAACUGUCAGCAUUUUUACAGUGUGAGACGACACUAAAGGCCGGUUUUGCAGUCCAGAUAGCAACUGUGAGCUCCCUCCUGAAGACACUUCAACUGGAUUUGCCAAUAGCCUUUCAAGGCAAAACCACAAUCCUUCCUUGUUCUCACGACCAAAGCUCAUCUGGUUCUGUCAAUCUGGUUACCAAGUGGUUCUCUUUGUUGAGCGAAGAACAACAAGUUUUUGCAUCCGAGUUUUUACAAAACCUUUGUUGAUAGAUGGUUCCUCAGUCCAAAAAGUCAUCAAAAGCAGUAAAAUUUUUGGAUAUGUCUCUUACUGUUUGAUUCUUCAUUGACUGAUUCCCUUGGUUCUAGGAUGCAGAUAUGAAUGAAGAAGAUUGUAUUGUGUUGCCAAAUUUUGUAUGUCUUGUGGUGACACUCGUACAAACUACUUAUGUACUAAAAUGUAGUUCUAUA